AUGAGUUCUACCUCAUCAAAGCCGAUGGGGGAGGGCGCUCCUCCUCCACCACCCGCCUUCUCAUACGCGCAAGCCGCAAAGGGUCGCCCAGCUUCGAUGCCGGCCUCAACAAUACAAUCGAGUCAGGCGUACACCUCUGGCAUUAGCACACCAGCCAGAGACUCAACUUCGGUUGCUCACACGCCAUCGGGAGGUUCUGAGAGAGGCGACCGAAGCGUGAAUGGAAGCCAUGAUGUAGCGAGUAAGGUGGAUGUUUCUGGGGAAAGCACGAUCUCUGACUCGAAAGCAACAAAGCCCAAGUCCUCGCCAGCUUCGCCGAGCUUUGAUACAGCUUCGAUAUCGACAUUACCGAAAGAGGAUAGGGAUGAUGAUUUUGUGUUAGUUGGUAGUACCUCUUCGGAGUCGAUGCGAGAUCGACAUUCUCAAGGUGGCGCAUCUGCAGUAGAAAAGACUGUCGAGGGUGCAGAAGGUCGAAAGGGCAAGAAGAGCAAGAAACAAAAGAACGCCGAGAAAGAGACCGAAAAGGAGAAGGAGAAGGAAAGAGAAGAAGUAAAGCCGGAGAUUCUUGUUCCGGCUCCUUUACCUGCCGUGAACUUUUGGCAACAACGGAAGGAAGAACUGGCCAAGGCAAAACCUAGCCCAGGGUUUGCUCAGAGUUCCCAGUCAUUUGGAGAGUCCUCCGUCUUGAAUGAUACAACAUCAGCAGCAUCUACCAAGCCUGGAGAUUCCAAGAAGCGAGGCAAACCUUUGAAUACCGAUGAUGGAGACAAGAACGCGGGGGCGAAGGAUCCGAAUGCGGCGAGAGGCCAAAAGAAAGGCGGAGAAGGUACGGGCAAAGCCAAGGAAGAUCAGCCAAACAAGAGGGCUGGCCCUCGAGGGAGUAGGACAGGUGAGAAAGAGGAGAAAUCUCUGGCCAAUCAAUUUCCCCCACCAGUAGAAGAUGCCACAUCAUGGCCAACUCCCGAAACCGCAUUGGAGGAAGAGAAGCGUAAAGUUCAGGAGAAGUUGGAGAAGGAAGAAAAGGACGACAAUGCAUCAAGCAAGCCACGACCGAAAGAGAAAUGGGUCCCUGUUCCAUACAUCCCGACAGUUACAUUCAACACCCCUCUGCCAACAAGAGGCGGAAGAGGUCGUGGUGGAGCUCGCGGUGGUCGAACAGAAGGGGGACGUCCCAGCCAUGCAAACGGCAGCGCUGUGGGAGAAAAGGGACAGACCACAAAUUCUACUGGUAAUCCGUCCACCGAACCCGAGACCCGCUCAAGUCGAGACGGUCCUAGAGCAGCAUCGCUCCCUCCGAAUUCAAAGAGAAGCAACGAAUCUGCUACACGUGAUCAACGCAAGCCAUCUACCGCACAAUCAAUGGAGAAAUCAAGGAGUGAUCGCGGUUACGAUAGUAAUCAGGAUCAGCAACGAGGUGAAUAUCCCACAGAAUUCAAGCCAGACCAGAUGCAGAACAAUUUUCAUGAGAGUCAGUCGCUGCUAGGUAACGACGGUCGAAAGAGCGAUUUGAAUCCGAGAGGAUCUGAUCAGUUAAAGGAGGGUACCGUGUACAACAGAGAAAAUAGCUCGCAGUCCCGUGAGAGAAACGAUGUUCGCUCAGAUCGUGGCCGAGGAGGUUUCCGCGGACGGGGAAACCACACCAAUUACCCAAACGGCCAACCGCAUCCUCAACACAUCUUCACCAAUGGGCACCCAUCCCAACCUCUGAACGGGUAUCCCAUUCGACAAAGCUCAGGCCCGUAUAGUCCACCACUCCAACCACCGCCAUUCAGCAACCAGUACGCGCCGCCUCCUUCGAGAGGUGGACGCGGUGGCUCUCGAUCACAGUCGAUACCUAAUAACUCUAUGUAUGGUCGAUUUCCUCCGAACGGCGGCCCGCUCCCGCAACACAUGGGACCUAUUCAAACAUCGCAACCCGUCUUCGACUAUCCACCUCCGCAGUCCAUGACUGCUGUACCGUACACCUCUUAUAUCGAUUACCCUUCUUUGAUUGCAAUGGUCACAAUGCAGAUCGAGUACUACUUUUCCAUUGAUAACCUGUGCAAAGACGUCUAUCUUCGGAAACACAUGGAUUCUCAAGGAUUUGUCUUCCUCAAUUUCAUUGCUGGCUUUAAGCGGAUCCAAUCACUCACUCAAGAGUUUGAGACUUUGCGCUUCGCCUGCCAGGAAUCGGAGAUUGUUGAUUUUGUCAGGGGCGACGAUGGAUUUGAUCGUCUACGGAGAAAGGAGGGAUGGGAGAAGUGGGUCCUAGCGAUGGAUGAGAGAGAUGACUCUGUCAGAAACGCUGGUCCUGCAUACAUCCAACGUCCGCAGCUUGUUCAGAGACCUCAACAAAUGAGCAUGUUUAUGCCCGGCCACCAUUCAAUGUCCCCACCAGCGUUCUCGCCCAACGGCACAGAGUCAAGUUUUCGACCUUUCAGCAACGGCACACCCAUCGCCCCUGUUACAAACAGCAAUGGUGCAAGCUACCACCCGGAGACCCCACUCUCAGCUGCCGUACCAGACUUUGCUCCUGGAUUGCUUCCCCUGAAUGGUCAGCUAGAUCCGUUGGAGGCAGAGAUUACAUUCCAUGACGAUGAAGCCACGCAUUUGACCGUCGUCUUCACUCCCCAACGAAGCCAUGAGGAGUCAAAGGUCAAAACUCCGUUUCACAAUGCGUCUUCUAGAACCUUUUCCAACGGCUCAAUUGAUGGAAGAUCGAUUUCCGAGGGGCUUCACGACAACCCGCGCCAAGGUCGACCUCUGACCAACGGAUCAAGGGCAACAGAAACUUCCCCCGAGGAUCUUCGUCGUUCAAGAAGUCCCUUUACGCCACUUUCGCCAACAAAUCCAACCACCAGCAAUGGACCCCCAGUCAUGUGGGUUAAAGGUCAGAGACAGCCAGCUCCUGUUUCCGAACAGAAUUCUGAAGAAUUGUACACCACGUUUCAUUCAAGAGCUUUGAGGAACCGGGAGGCCUCGAAUGUGGGUGAGACGCACCCUGAUAUGAAGCUUCUUUACGAAUUCUGGUCCCAUUUCCUAUGUAGGAACUUCAACUUAACCAUGUAUACCGAAUUUCGAAGAUAUGCAUAUGAGGAUGUACGGGACAACGACAUGACGGGAAUGAAGAGUCUCAUAUCGUACUACGACGAGAUCCUUAACAGCAAGAAAAAGGUUAUUCCGGAGACCUUGGCACGACAUUAUGUUGAGCUGGUAAAGAACGAGGAGCCUGGCACUCGACCGGCUUUUGAAAAACUUCGAGCGGCCUGGAGAAAUGGUGCUCUUGACAUGAAGAGCAGGAAGAAGAUCGACAAUUUCGUUGAUCCAAAGUUGAGAGAGGAAUUGGAACGGGCACCACACCAAAAGUCCGAUCUCGCAUGA